CAAUAGCGCUGGCUAGUGCAGGAUAAAGAUACACUACUUGCUCCUCUCCGGUCUAGACAUCACAUCAUUAGCCAAGUCAGCUAGUUAGCUGUUUAUUUUUGGACAAAAUGUCAACCACGACCGGCGGCGGAGAGUUUGGCAACCCUCUACGAAAGUUCAAGCUCGUCUUUCUGGGCGAACAGAGUGUUGGGAAGACCUCACUCAUCACCAGGUUUAUGUAUGACAGUUUCGACAACACUUAUCAGGCAACUAUUGGCAUUGACUUUUUGUCAAAAACCAUGUACUUAGAAGAUCGCACGGUCCGGCUCCAGCUUUGGGACACUGCUGGACAGGAGCGUUUUCGUAGCCUAAUUCCCAGCUACAUCCGUGACUCUACCAUUGCCGUGGUUGUUUAUGACAUCACCAAUCUUAAUUCAUUCCAGCAAACCUCAAAGUGGAUUGAUGAUGUUAGAACAGAAAGAGGAAGUGAUGUCAUUAUCAUGCUUGUUGGGAACAAAACAGACUUGGCGGAUAAAAGACAGAUCACCACGGAGGAGGGCGAGCAGAGAGCUAAGGAACUGAAUGUCAUGUUCAUUGAAACCAGCGCAAAGACUGGCUACAAUGUGAAACAGCUGUUCCGUCGUGUUGCUGCUGCAUUGCCUGGGAUGGACAGCACACCAGAGAAAAGCAAAGAGGACAUGAUCGACAUCAAACUGGAGAAACAGCCAGAGAUGACUGUCACCGAGAGCAGCUGCUCAUGCUAGUACACCUCACCCUCACCCAGCCUGUCUCCUCCCCACCAACAGCUUGUCUCUCAGUGGCCACUCUCUCCACCCUUGGCGCACUGCCACUGGGAUGGAGGACCUGUCUGUUUUUUUCUUUUCUUUUUUUUUUCCCUUCUCAACUCAGUGACUUUCCAGAGUAACCGUGUGGAUGUGCAUUACUGUAUUGAAACAGAUUAUCUUGGGGAAAAAAAAAGGUUCAAAAGUAAACAUUUAAAACAAGGAAUAAGUUAAAUGAUAUGUUCAGAUUUUCAUCCAGUUGCAUGGCAUUAUAUAGGAUUGCAGACUGACAUAGCUAACCGCUCAUGAGUUAUUGCACAGUUCGGAAUCUUAGUGCUGUUACUCUUGUCAUUGUUGUAAAGUAAAACUGCUUGGGAUUAUUUAAAUGACUCCGCAGGGCUGAGUUCUCGGCCCUUUGUAUUUUACUUUUUUAUUUUAAAUGGAGAGUUUGCCUACAACUAUUCUAUCUCUGAGAUUACUGAUUAUUUCUUGCGUAUUUUGAGGAAGCAGAGGCAGGAUCUUACCAGUGGAUUUAUGUCAUCGCUAACCAUCAUAUUGCCACAUUAGGCAAUUGUGCGUUCAUUAGAUAUUAUUUAUAUCUAACACAUCUGUGGGCCUAAACUGCCAAAUUCAACAGUGUGUUAGCAGACCAGACUUACAUAAUUUGAGACAGCAUUUAAAACAGUGCAAAAGGAAUGUGUAACCAAGUAAUGAGGUCAUAGAUCAUCAAAGGGAACCCAUCCCAAAUUCACUAGCUACUAACCUGAAGCUAUGUCUGCAUUAAACUACAGCAACUGUCUUACUGAUGUUGGUAAAUUAGCUGCACGCAUACUAACACGUCUGAGGAGGAGUUUUCUGCCAUUAGAUGCCCCCAAAUAAAAAAAGAAGCCAGUGUUUAGUUUUUCCACGCUGAUGGAAAGUUGUCACUUUGGUCGCUAUGACGUACCUACCAUUUCAUCGACAGUUUGUGUUGUGUUGAGUACACUAUUGCAAGAACAUGCAGCAUGCUCACCAUGCCGGAUUUAUAUGGAUAAGAACACAGAUGCCUUGCUUGUUUGUUCACCAACGUUGUGCACUGAAUCAAGCCACAAUAUUGUAAAAUAUAAAAGAAGCCGGCUGACUGGUUCAUGGCUUCACUAGUUGUUUUGUAGAGCUGGUAGGUAAGAGUUUGUCCUCAGAUACAGCUAACGCUUACUAACACCCUUGCUGUUAAAAAAAAACAAAAAACAAACAAAAAAAAAAAGUGCAGAGAAGUUAGUUGCAGUAUCCUUUUGCUGUAUUGCUAUUGCCUGUGUAGGACUGUUGGUUUUUUGUGUUUAUUUAUUUUGUAACUUGGACAUACAGAUAACAUUGUAUGCUUGACCAAAAGUACAGAUGCUGACACGCAUGUUGAAAGUUUAUUUUAUUUAUUGUUUGCGUGUCUGCCGGGGCUCCGCCUACAGGCGACACUUUGGCCCGGUAACUUUUUUUUUUUUUUUUUUUUUU